UCCAAUAAUUUCUUUCUUUUUACAGAUCAUUGAUCCAACUUUCAAAGGCUGAUCAUGGAGAACAGAUCAGAAGUGAAUGAGUUCAUCCUUAUAGGAUUAACAGAUGCCCCAGAGCUUCAGGUCUUUUGACUUCAUCCAGGCAGUAACAGUGACUGGGGAUUCCAAGCAUCAUGAUGGCGGCUCUGAUCAUUCAUUCAACACCAUGAACUGGAGAGGUUCUUCCAAAGGGAUCUCUUUUCCCUUCCAUAAGCUAGACUUUGAUUACAGAUGGGUGAUGUUUACAAAGUCCCUUAAGAUAUCUAUGGAGAACAGCUCAGAGGUGAAAGAGUUCAUCCUUGUGGGAUUAACAGAUGCCCCAGAGCUUCAAGUGCCCCUCUUCAUGAUGUUCAUGGUCAUCUAUGUCAUCACUGUGGUGGGGAACCUGGGAAUGGUGGUGAUUAUCUCUUGGGACUCUCGUCUCCACACCCCCAUGUACUUUUUCCUCAGUAACCUCUCUCUGGUGGAUUUUGGCUAUUCUACAGCUAUUACUCCUAAAGUGAUGGCUGGCUUCCUCACAGGCAACAACAUCAUCUCCUACAAUGGAUGUGCUGCACAAAUGUUCUUCUUUGCAGUAUUUGCCACUGCUGAAAGUUAUCUCCUGGCUGUUAUGGCCUAUGAUCGCCAUGCAGCUGUGUGUAAGCCCCUCCAUUACACCACCACCAUGACGUCCAGUGUGUGUGUCCGUCUGGUCAUUGGCUCCUAUAUCUGUGGUUUUGUGAAUUCCUCCAUCCACACAGGGGACAUAUUUAGCCUCCACUUUUGCAAUUCCAAUGUCAUUCCUCACUUUUUCUGUGAUUUCCCACCCCUUUUAGCUCUUUCUUGCUCUGACACACACAUUACUGAAUUAGUUAUUUUCUUUGUUGUGGGAUUCAAUGUCUUUUUUGCCAUUUUCACCAUAUUGGUAUCCUAUUUAUUCAUCUUUGUAGCUAUCCUGAGAAUGCGCUCAGCUGAGGGUCGCCAGAAAGCCUUCUCUACCUGUGCUUCCCACCUCACAGCAGUGUCCAUAUUCUAUGGGACCAUCAUCUUCAUGUACUUACAACCCAGUUCUAGUCAUUCCAUGGACACAGACAAAAUGGCCUCAGUAUUCUACACUAUGGUCAUCCCCAUGUUGAACCCUUUGGUCUAUAGCCUGAGGAAUAAAGAUGUCAAGAGUGCUUUUUCUAAACUUUCUCAUGGUGCAAAGUCUUCCUUAGGCUUAUCCUCUUAAUUAGGGCAUAACCUAAUGCAUCUUCUCUAUUUGUACCUUCAUUGUACACACAUUCUCUUCAUCCUCCAUGGCAUAGACAAGACUAGAUUCCUUUUUCUUCUUGGACCUGGGAAGUACCUUCCUGGAAGGUUUCUAACUACUAAAUGUGUACUCUGAAGUUUAUUGAAUUUAGGAGAAUUGGCCCCAUUUAUCUCAAUUUCAAUCCUAACUCCAAGACAUUUCUGAAAUUCAGAAAAUUUCUCUUUAAAUUUAUAUAGAACUCUAGCUUAACUCUUGCUGUUGAGCAGGAUGUGAUGCCAAGUAAUGAAAAUAGUCACUGCCAAUAUUUCAUUUGUUCACUGGGUUCCUUAGUCCAAAUAAUUAAUGAAUGUGUUGAGGAUUUCCACCCACAGUGAGCUAUUGCAGUUAUGAGAAAAUGCUACAGAAAAGUUAGUUACUAUUAUCCUCAAUCUGAAUUUUUAUCUCAAAUACUAUGUCUUUGGCAUGAGGUGCUUCCAUUUGUAAGGAUAAUUUUAGGGUUGUGACCUAAUCUUAAUUAAUUUUUGGUCACCAGGGAUAUCUCAAUAAAGUACCCAAGUCAGCUUGCCAAUUUAUGAUGGUUAUUUAUUAUAGAUGAAAGGAAUUAAGGAGAAGAGAGAGAGAAGGUUUUAGGAUUCCUCCCAUCUGGCCUGUGCCAGGGGGAGUUCAAAGUCGUCAGCCAAAGAGGAAGACCAGAAGCUUUCUUGAGAAUAAUGUUGGGAGGUAUCAAGGAAAACUCACUGCUAAACUCGGAAAAACAGCAUCCACGCCAUGAUGCGAACAUGCUCAGCAAGCUGCCACCAGCCACUUCUCUGCUGUCAAAGAGGCCAGAGAGAGGAAAUGAUGCGAAAUAUAUAGACGGUUUUACAUUACUUUCCUGCAUCUCACAUGUACCAAUGGUAUCUUAGUCUUGACAUAGGACAGCCCAGUGAUCUGUCAGUUGUUUCUGAUUUGUCAUUUGCUAUCACAUGUCUGUCAUAGGCCAUCCUCCUAGAUACUUAAUCAAUAAUUAUGGGGGAAAAUAUUACUGAUUUUGUUAAGCUAUGUAGGGUGGAGUUAUCUAAAGUUCACAAUUUCCUGAUUUUGUUAGACUAAUGUUCACACAGUGUGACAUUUUCUUUUACCCAGACAAAUCUACCACUCAUUUAUAAUCUUCACUGAUAUAGAGGGUUGUCUAGGGCACUGCCAGGGUAAGUGAAUAUUUCAUGACCAUACAACCAGUCAGAAGCAAGAAUUAUCUUAAAAUUUCCUCAUUCCAAGAUCACUGUUCUGCAUUGUUCCAUGCUGUUAUCAACGUGUUUUAUUUUAAACAGUUGAAAUAAAUGAUCUAGUUUAUCUGGGUGAUCCUUCAGAGGUCACAACAAUGAAUUGGAAACUGAGGGAAUGCCCAUCAAUUGGGGAAUGGCUGAGCAAGUUGUGGUAUAUGAUUGUGAUUGAGUGCUAUUGUAUUAGAAAAAAUGAUGACCAAGAGGCUUUCAGAGAAACCUGGGGAGACUUAUAUGAACUAAUGCAAAGUGAAAUGAGCAGAACCAGGACAACAUAGUACACAGUAAGAGCACUAUUAUAUGUGGAUUAACUGAAAAAUUUAACUACUCAGCAAUACAAUGAUCUGAGACAAUUCUGAAGGACUUGUGAUGACAAAUGCUAUGUGCCUGCAGACA